AUGUCGGCUACCAUGAAACUCGUCAUCGUAUGCAGCGUGAUGCUCUGCAGCAUGGAAAAGGUGCACUUGUCCGAGUAUCGGUUGAUGCCGCGAGUGUUUGAGUUCGAUGAUUACGACGAGUGUUUGCGCGAUGAUCCCUCCGUUCCCGGUGUCUAUUGUAUGGUGAAGGCGGUGGUGCAACCAAAUCAAUCGUCCCGUUCGUGGAGGGUCAUCGAAGAGUAUUCUCGCAACUGGAAGCAGCACUACAACCAUGCGCAUCUGGAUCGAGGAAUCUGUUUGCAAAACUGUGUUCUCAAGCUGGCCAAACUCGCGAACGAUGGUGAUGAUAUCGAUCUUUCGUCGCUCGUGGUUCCAAAGUUUCAAAUCGAUUUCCCGUACAUAAUCAAAAAUGGCACCUUCCGGGAUGUGGACGAGUUUCGGAAAAACUACUCAACCGUGUUGGCCCAGUGCAUCAACUAUGAUCUCAUGCAGCAGCAUAGCCUUCGAGCUUAUACGGAGAUCGAGUACUGUGAUAGCAACACGUUGUUUUAUCCAAUAGAUAAACUAGACAUAGCAUUUGUGGUCGUGUUUGCGAGCAUACUGACAAUCAUAGGAUGUUCGAGUCUCUACGAUCACCAUUGUGAUCGCAAACUGAGCCACUACAAAACGGAACUUCCAAGCAAAAAUUCGAUGAUAUUUGUUUCUUUCUCGUUGGUUCGUAACUGGUACCACCUGGUUUCGAAAAGUGACGAUGACUUUAGCCACAGUAUGCGCCACAUAAAUGCGUUACGAUUUCUCAUUUUCGGAAUAAUCAAUAUGGGCCACAACAUGCUUUAUGCGCAACCAAGCGUUGCGAUGGCACUAGAACGAAAAUACCAUGAAGUAAUGUCAAUGAUUAUCGUGAGUGGCUCACCGAUAGUCACCACGUUCUUCGUUAUCGGAGCACUGAUGCUGUUCCUGUCGGUGAUACCGAAAUUUGAAAAACGCGGCACUACACUCGGUAUCUAUGAUAUACUGCUCAUAGUCUUAAAUCGUUACAUUCGGUUGACACCUACCUAUGCAUUCCUAAUGUUUUUCGAGGCCACGUGGCUUCCACGGUACUUGGGUGGCCCUCUCUGGCGCAAAGGAUUCGAAUCGUCUCGUACCUACUGCCGCAAGAAUUGGUGGGCUAAUCUGCUCUACAUUAACAAUUACUACGCGACCGACGAACCAUGCAUGCAACACUCCUGGUACUUGGCAGCGGACUUUCACUUGUUCAUCUACGGAUUGAUUGUGUGUGCUAUUGUUCUAAGAUUCCCCAAACUACGGUACUACAUAGUCUCGUUUCUCUUGCUGAUAUGUUCGAACGUUGCGGCCUCCAUAAUAUACCUGAAGGAGUAUGAAGUUGUGACGGUUUUACCUCCAGAACCUCUUCGAUUCCUCUUCUGGUACUGGGAUAGAUACCAUGAAUCGUACUUGCCCACACAGAUGUAUCUUGUCAAUUACACCACGGCCAUUUUGGGCUCAUUCUACAUUUUGCAUCUGAAGAAAAGAAACUUUACACCAUCUACGCUAUUUUCGGUGUUCUGGGUGCUGGGAGUCUUCGCCAUACCGGGUACCUUUAUCGCCGGGUACUUUAUCUUCAACAACGAGUUCGAGACGCCUUCGAUUUGGAUGUCGAUCAUGUUUCCCGUCGUUCGCAUCGUUUUUACGGGCCUUUUGGUGCUCCUCAUUAUUGGGCUCACUUUUCGUGCGAUCGAAUUAAUCAUUCGUCUGGUGAACAUGCACAUCUUCAGCGUCCUGGGUCGACUCUCUUACUGUGCGUACUUGUGUCACUUCUUCAUCAUUCGUGCCUAUUGGUUCAACACCGGGCGAUACACACAUUUUUACAUCGUCGAAAUGACUGCUGCAUGUUUAGGUACAUUGUUUUUGUCCUAUGUGUUUGCUGCAUUCCUCUGUCUAGUAGUGGAAUCACCAUUCCGGGCACUACGCAAAACCCUGGCCACAGAUUCCCCGGCGAAGCUUCAGACGUCUGCUAACGAUACAGUGAAGGUUCCCAUCGAAAAGGAACCUCACGGAACUGUACUGUAA